CGGGGGCUUUGAAAUGAGUCAGUUUUGCUUGGAAUUAUUAUUGGCAAGCGAGGAGCCGACGUGUUCCUUCCCGAGGAUAUAUUGCUCGCAGAUCGAUGAACACUCCGCACAGUCGUGAGGUAACGAUAGCCACAUGCUUCGGUUUUCACGGCUGCUUCCUUCAAAAAUGAAAACUUCACCUGUAAGCACCGGCACAUCGCAGCAAGACAAAGACAGCGUGAGGCUGUUUCUUCUAAAUGACGAACAUUUUAGCACAUUACACAGCUGGAAAUACAAAGUCGUCUUGGUUUUUUUAGCUUAAAACUGAGCAGCUCACCAUGGGUGUUACUAAACGCUUCUGUGUUUUGUUUUCUUUGCAGGAACCCAUCUGCUCUUGCUGCGCAGGAUGGUACAAUAGUGUCUUCUGCAGGAUGAAGGCGCCAAGAGGAGGCAGGUGCUGGUGGCUGGGGACCCUCCUCACCGCCUGCCUGGCUGCCUUUCCCGGCAGUACCGCCUGUCCCAGGCUCUGCGCCUGCUAUGUCCCCACCGAGGUGCACUGCACGUUCCGGUACUUCACUGCUGUCCCACCGCACAUCCCUCCAAAUGUGGAGCGCAUCAAUCUGGGGUACAACAGCUUGCUCAGACUGACAGAAACAGAUUUUUCUGGCCUGGAGAAACUGGAGUUACUGAUGCUGCACAGCAAUGAGAUAAAUACAAUCCCUGAUAAGGUGUUCAGUGAUUUAUAUUCAUUACAGGUCUUAAAAAUGAGUUAUAACAAGGUCAGAGUUCUUCAGCAGGAUGUUUUUCAUGGUCUGAAGAGCUUGGUACGACUGCAUAUGGACCACAAUAAAAUUGAGUUUGUAAAUCCCUAUGUUUUCUAUGGACUCACUUCACUGAGGCUGGUCCACUUGGAAGGAAAUCUUCUUAAGCAGCUUCAUCCAGAUACUUUUGUCACCUUACACUAUAGCCAAAUAUUUAAAAUAUCCUUCAUGAAGCACAUAUAUUUGUCAGACAACAUGCUGACUUCACUGCAACAAGAAAUGUUUUCCUACAUGUCUGAGCUAGAGAGCGUUUACCUUCAUGGAAACCCAUGGUCCUGUGAUUGCAACCUCCAAUGGUUUGCAGAAUGGGCAAAAGCAAGAGCAGAUGUUGUAAAGUGCAAAAAAGACAGAAGUUCCGGUGCUCAGCAAUGCCCAGUUUGUGCUAGUCCCAAAAAUCAUGAAGGGAAAAGCUUAGUGGAUGUUCCUUCUGCAUCUUUAACCUGCACUAAGCCAGCUAUACAUGACUCACUGAAAUUUAAAAACCUCACAGUACCAGAUGAUGGGGAUUUCAAUUCUGUAUCUCCCAAAGAAUUCAUAGCUCCUAUAGGAUCCAUGGUUUUGAACAUGACUGACCAAGCAGGAAGCCGAGGUAACUUGGUUUGCAACAUCCAAAAACCUAAAGAAAUGUCUCCCAUCUUAUUUGACAAAGAUGGCAACAGUACAGUGCUCAAAACAGCAUUCUCAGCAUUUCUGGUAUGUGGCAUUGACUAUGAGCAUAUUCAGCAGCUAUGGAGCAUACUGGCACUGUACAGUAAUUCUCCCUUAAAACUGGAAAGGAGUGCCCUAGCAACUAAUGUGCCUUUUAUUAGCUACAAAUAUAAACAAAUCUACUCUGAAAAAGAUGAACUUUUUACCAAUAUAGAGACUGAACUGAGAGCUGACCCACCUUGGUUAAUGCAAAGCAAAGUGGCAUUACAGCUAGACAGGACAGCAACCACACUUAACACCUUGUACAUCCAGUACUUUAUGGAUGCUGAGAUUAUUUUGCCCAGUGCUGACAAAAGAGGAGUAAGAAAUAACUGGGCCAUCAUCUCCAGGGACAACAAAACACAAACAGAGCACACUGUUUUAGUCGGGGGGACGGUAGAACUAAAAUGCCAAGCAAUUGGAGAACCAGCUCCUGCAGUAGAGUGGGUACUGGCUGAUGGAAGCAAAGUUAGAGCUCCUUAUAUCAGUGAGGAUGGGAGAAUCAUAGUAGUUAAAACUGGAACAUUCACAUUACGGACAGCUGAUACUUUUGACACGGGGCUUUAUCACUGCAUAGGCACAAACUACAAUGAUGCAGAUACUCUCACAUUUAGAAUUACUGUGGUCGAUCCUUACGUGGAACACAGCAAUGUAAAUGGAGCCCAACUUUCUACAUUUGUUGGCAGCAUACUCUACCUUCCCUGUACAUCCACUGCUGUUCCAGAUGCUUCCAUUAGUUGGGUAUUGCCUGAGCAUGAGAUUCUUCAUCAUUCUGUAAGAAACAAACAUAUUUUUGACAAUGGUACUUUAAAAAUACAAGGGGUAACAGAGCAAGACCGUGGGUACUUUCGAUGUGUUGCAGCCAACCAGUAUGGUGUUGAUCUUCUGGUUUUCCAAGUGCUAGUUAGAAAGGAUGAAACUGCUCUGAAUAAAAAGCAGAGAGUUGUGGGAGAAUGGGAAGAGGGUGAUGGCUCUGGCAAUGCAAUGCUGGCCUCUGCUACAACACAGAAACAUCCUCUAGCUACCCUAGCUCCCUUGACAGCUAAUCAGGAAUCUGCUGCCUCAGCAUUCAGAAAUCGGAUUGCACAGACUGCACAUAAAAGGAAUGGCUACAGGAACACGACUUUCAGGCACUACAGGGACAAAAUAAGCAGGCGGCUCAGAGGACACAGAAGACAGUUUGUUUCCUCAGCCAGGAGAGUCCACCCACAGCGCUGGGCAGCCUUUUUGGAAAAAACAAAGAGGAACUCAACAUCGAUGGAAAAUCGAGGAGAAGUUGCAACAAAUCCACCUAUUGAAGUCCGCACGUUCUCAGAAUUACCUGGAAUUGAGGAGGAAACAUCUGGUGAUCUUGUAUCUCUAGAAGAAGAAUUCAUGAUUCCAGUAACAGAGACAGUCCCAGUAUCUACUCGGGGGAGAGCAACAGAAAACAUAGUAACUGCAGGGCCUGAGAUGAUCAUGACUAACACUCCUGCUAUUAAAACCUCUCUCCUUGUUUCAGAGGCAGUAACUCCUCUCCCCUAUCCAUUUUCACAGUUUCUGUCAUCUGACAGCAGAAGGCCACAAACAUAUCAAAAACCUACAAUUACAAAGUCAUGGGAAAGAUCUGAUUUAAGUCUAAUAUCAGCAAGUGGUGUAAACCAAUCAACUCAUCAGCAAAUUCAGAUGAUUCAGAACAUUACAACUCGUACGCCCCAGGCCCCGCAGCAAUAUGGAAGACGAAGGAAAAUUUCUGGUAGGAGGCGAAUUGUUAGACCAGGACGUAUUCAAAGUAUGAAAGAGCACAGAUACAAUUUGGGGAGGCUAGGAUCUGUCAGAGGAAGUACCGCUGUGGCUGCAGAUGUUCAACUGAGUAUGAAAUAUAUGUCAAAUUUACCAACUUUAAAUAAUUUAAGUAGCUCCAUCAACCCAUUUAGCCCAGAAGCAUCUCUGUCCUCCCCCUCAAUCACAAACAUGCCAUUGGAGCACCCAGCAGGUACUCAACAAAAUACAGUGUUCCUCAGGAAAGAGGAAAAUGAAGCUAGUGAAAGGGAGAAAGAUACUACAGUCAUGACUUUCAUUAUGAAGGCCACCCCAGAUACUCCUGAAUGGAAAUUACAGAGCACUGCUCCAUUUCAAACAGGGACUGAUACAGUCCAACCUUUCACCAUCAGACUACCAACAACAGCAACCCACACAACUCGUGUUGCUACAGAUACUACAUAUACUGUAAGCACUAAGGUAUCUUCUACCCUUGAAUCAGUCUCACCCGGCAUUAAGCCUAGAACCUCACCAGAAAAUUCCCAGAGAGGAGAAAUUAGUUGGGAACUUCUCUUUGGAAAUGGUGUGCUGAAGAAGCGACCAAAACAACAGACUGAUAAGUUUCCGUCAACAGAGGCAUCGACCGUGCAUCCUGAAACUACAGCAUCGUUAUCCGUGUUCAGAAUGUCUCCUCUGCACUUUAUGCCUACUUCAACAGGUGGGAAUCACAGCAAUGGUUCCUGGUCUUUAAACAAACCCAUUCAUUAUGACAAUGCUAAGUCAGAACAUCUUCCCACUGCAAAACUGCAUUCUUCCUCUAAUCCUGCAACUAGUGCCACCAAAGAAAUGGAUGUAACUCAUUUGAAGCCAACAGUUCAACCUAUUAUUGCCCCUCAGAUUGACAUCAAAAUCACCAAAACUAAAACAUACAGAAUGGGAAAAAAGAGAGGUCAGAGGAGGAAAAGGCCCCUUAUAACAUCUACUUCACAAAGCAUGACUGCAGGCCAUGGCACUGCAGUGAUUCUGCCUAUGAAUACAGCCAUGCCUGUCAUGACAACAGUUAAAUCACUGACUAUGCCUACAAGUCUUAUGCCUGCAAAACCUCUCUCUGAGAGUGUGAGUGCUGUCUCAAUGGCAGAAGUGCCAGCACUGUGGAUCCUUAACACACCAAACGCUCCUCAGCUUACGCCUGCAGCAGCCAUGCAGACACUGGCUACCCCUGUCACGUGGAGGAACAGCCAGUCAGCCAUGCUACCACAGAGGCCCACCACACCAAACCAGACAACACCACAGCUUUCAAAGCCUUUCAGCACCCUAAGCACCCAGCCUGUCACAGCCUGGGUGGCAGCUGGGUCAGAACCUGCUCAGCAAAUUGAAGCCACCACAACAGCAGGUGAACAAUCAUGGCCAAAACCAGAAAAGAGUGUUACCCAAGGCAACCAAGUAGUACAGCCCACAUUCCCAGCAAGAGGUGUGUCAAGUGCUCCUGCUGCAAGCACAGACAUCACUCCUGCCAGCACCCAGCAUCCCACCCCACCACCAGCCCUCACACAAGUUGUGCCUCCUGCACAUAAUGAGAGAACCAACUCACCUCCGUGGGGAGCAAUCAAAUUCUCACAGAAGGCAUCUGCUAAAGUCACAGAGAGGGUCAACACAUUGGCUAUCAACACACUGACCAUGCUGAAGUCAUCACAGAUUGCAACUCCGCAUGUGCCUCUGUGGGGAAGUGAUAAGGACAGUUCUGUCAAAGGUUGGUCUGAAAAGAGGCAAGAUCAAGAAACCACCACCCCCAUUCCUAUAGCCUUUGACUCUUUGAGCAGGAACCAUUUGGCAAAACCCAGAAUAAGUGGAGGAAAAUUAGCUGCUUUUACUGUACUAGCUAAUUCAGAUGCUUUUAUUCCUUGUGAAGCUACUGGUAACCCUCAUCCAACAAUACAGUGGACCAAGAUAUCAACAGGGACCGAUGCUGCAGAAAGCCGAGGCCACAGCAGAUGGAUGGUGUUUGCCAGUGGCACACUCUCCAUCACCCGGGUGGGCCUGGAGGACCGCGGGCAGUACCUGUGCACUGCAGCCAACCCACAUGGUGCGGCACGGCUCCUGGUCACCUUGUCGGUAGUGGCCUACCCACCCCGCAUCACUGGCAGCAGGUGGCAGCUCCUCACCGCUCACUCUGGAAAGCCCGUGGCAGUGAAGUGCAAAGCUGAGGGCAGGCCUCCUCCCACCAUCUCAUGGGUUCUAGCAAAUAAAACACACAUCUCUGACUCCUCGGCAGGAAAUAACAAAGUUCACAUGGAAACAGAUGGCACUUUAAUUAUCAAGGAAGUCACUGUUUACGACAGGGGUCUCUAUACAUGCAUGGCUAAAAACCCAGCAGGCACUGACAAGCUGAUUGUAAAACUGCAGGUCAUUGCAGCACCUCCUGUUAUUCUAGAAGAGAAGAGAGAACGUGUUGAAGUAAUGAUGGAGGAAAAUCUGAAUCUCCCUUGCACUGUGGAAGGGAAUCCUCAGCCCACUGUCCAUUGGGUCCUCACUGAUGGCACGAUGGUGAAACCCCUGCAGCUGGUAAAUGCAAAGCUCUUCCUGUUCUCCAAUGGGACCCUCCACCUCAGCAGUAUCACCUCUUCUGACAGUGGGAAUUAUGAGUGCAUAGCCACAAGCUCAACUGGCUCAGAAAGGAGAGUGGUGAGCCUCGUGGUGCAACACAGAGACACACUUCCAAAAAUAGCAACUGCAUCUGAAGAAAUGACUCGCUUGAAUUUUGGGGAUAAGUUGCUUCUGAACUGCACAGCGACUGGGGAGCCAAAGCCCAGGAUCAUCUGGAGGUUACCUUCCAAGGCAGUUGUUGACCAGUGGCACAGGAUGGGAAGUCGAAUCCACGUCCACCCCAAUGGGUCCUUGGUUAUUGAGGCAGUUACUGAAAAGGAUGCAGGUGACUAUUUGUGUGUUGCAAGAAACAAAAUUGGAGAUGAUCUGAUAUUGAUGAAAGUCAGCAUCACAAUGAAACCAGCUAAGAUUGACCAGAAACAGUAUUUCAAGAAACUGGUGCCAUAUGGAAAAGAUUUCAGAGUGGAUUGCAAGGCCUCUGGGUCACCCACACCAGAAAUAUCCUGGAGUUUGCCAGAUGGGACAGUGAUCAAUAAUGCAAUGCUGGCAGAUGACAGUGGACGCAGGUCUCGCAGGUAUGUCCUCUUUGACAAUGGAACACUGUAUCUCAACAAAGUUGGAGUAACAGAAGGAGGAGACUAUACCUGCUAUGCUCAAAACACCCUGGGGAGAGAUGAAAUGAAGAUACACAUCGCAGUCAUCAUGGCAGCCCCUCAGAUAAAGCACAGUUACAAGACAUACCGUAAAGUGAAAGCUGGAGAUCUGGCAUUACUGGACUGCGAAGCUGCUGGGGAACCCAAGCCCCAAAUAUUCUGGUUGCUACCUUCCAGUGACAUGAUCUCCUCAUCAACAGACAGACAUUUCCUGCAUGCCAACGGUUCUCUGUCAGUCAGUCAAGUCAAACUGUUAGAUGCUGGGGAGUACAUGUGUGUGGCUCGUAACCCUGGAGGGGAUGAUACGAAACUGUAUAAACUGGAUGUUGUUGCAAAACCGCCUGUCAUAAACGGUUUAUAUGCAAACAAAACAAUCAUGAAGGUGACGGCAGUGCGGCAUUCAAAGAAACAAAUUGAUUGUAAGGCAGAAGGGACACCUCCCCCUCAGAUUAUGUGGAUCAUGCCUGAUAAUAUUUUCCUAACAGCUCCAUAUUAUGGGAGCAGGAUUGUAGUACACAAAAAUGGAACACUUGAAAUUCGGAACAUAAGGCCUUCUGACACGGCAGAUUUUAUCUGUGUGGCACGUAAUGAUGGUGGGGAGAGUAUGCUGGUGGUGCAGCUGGAGGUACUGGAAAUGCUAAGGCGACCAAUGUUUAAAAAUCCAUUCAAUGAAAAAAUAAUAGCAAAACCUGGGAAAGCUACCACAUUGAAUUGUUCUGUGGAUGGAAACCCUCCACCUGACAUAAGCUGGAUGUUACCUAAUGGCACAUGGUUUUCCAGUGGCAUCAAGACUUCCCAGUUUCUCACAGGAAGCAACGGUACCCUUACCAUCUAUAGUCCUGAUGGAGACAAAGCAGGGAAGUACCGCUGUGCUGCCAGGAAUAAAGUUGGCUACAUUGAAAAGCUGAUCAUCCUGGAGGUUGGCCAGAAACCCAGUAUUCUCACUCACCCCACGAGGCCGGUGACAGGCAUUAGUGGGGAGUCGUUGUCACUUCACUGCCUGUCUGAAGGGAAUCCUAAACCAGCUACGGCAUGGACUCUGCCAGGUGGGCACGUGCUGGAUCGACCACAGAUCAACAGGAAGUACAUACUGCUGGAAAAUGGCACAUUGGUUAUACGAGAAGCCACCAUUCAUGACAGAGGAAAUUACGUAUGCAAGGCCUAUAAUAAUGCUGGAGAUUCCUCUGUAACCAUUUCUGUCAUUAUUGUAGCAUAUCCCCCAAGGAUUAUGAACAGGCCACCACAGACCAUACACACAAUGCCUGGUGCAGCUGUGCAGCUCCACUGCACAGCACUGGGAAUACCCAAACCAGAAAUUACCUGGGAAUUACCUGACCACUCAGUAGUGACUACCGGUUACCAAGGCCAAGCAUCAGAGAAUAAAGUGCUUCGUCCUCCAGGAACGUUACUCAUCCAGAGUCCCCAGCCCUCAGAUUCUGGCACAUACAAGUGCACAGCGAAGAACCAUCUUGGCAGUGAUUUCACAGUAACAUAUGUCCACAUCCUCUGAAGUAAGAAAUACUUCAUGAAUGAUGUGUUAACAAAAUCUACAGCUGGACUGAGUUCCUUCCUGGAAUAAGUUUAGUCAAAGGCAGCCAUAGGCAUUCAAGUGCCUAAAAACAUAUACAGGAUUCAGUCUGCAAUGACCGUGCAAAAAAAGAGAGGAAGGCCUUGAGGAAAGUAAGGUUUAGCAGCACUACUGAGAAUUGGUUCUUUAAAUUAAAACAGAUUUAAGGCAUUUUACUCUGCCACCAAACACUGAAUAUCAAACAGGUACUUUCUGGAAACAUACCUAGAGUUCUUCAGUAAAGGACAGACUUUUUCAUAUUAGUUUCAUACUGUCCACCUUGUAUGACUAUCAGGAGCAUGGGUCACAUAAAGCAAGGGUAUCUGAGAACUAAAAAGCUGAUUUUUUUAUUGUGAUACAGGUUACUUUCUCCAUGUGUUUGAAGAAAGGUUUUUUUGUUUGAAGAAAGUUUUCAUGUUUAAAAAAUAUUUAGUAUUUUUUUAAUAAACUAUCAAUGAUGAAAA